AUGCCAGACGACCGCGAUCUCCACGUGACCUUCGAGAAGGUUGAUGCACCCAGCCACAUCAAGAAGAUGUCCGAGGGAACUAAAAGCAUCGUUGACUGGUGCAAGGCAAACGCUUUGGCGGCGGCCUUCCACUUCACGCUUCGAGAACCACUAACAAUCUGCUACAACGAGCGCUUGGUGGAGGGCAGCGUGAACCAGGAUGCUGGUGCCAUGAUGCGAGAUGGCAUCAAGGUGAUGUGUGACUGUGAGGUUGGCAUUUGCGCCGAGAGCAUCUGGAAGUAUGACGGCCGGCGUCGUAAGAUUUCGCCGUCGGAGACAGAGGUUGAACGUGGAAAUGUCUUGUCUGUUGGCUCCAACACCUACCUGCCCAAGCCCGAAACGCUCGACAUUUGCUCCGUACAAGGGCGUCAGAAGCCUUUCGGCAUCCACGACCCAGAGUACAACUGGCGGGACCUCAUUCGGUCGGACCGCUCGUCCAACGAGGAGCGCCUCAGGGUUUUCCACAAUGCGGCGAUGCGCGCACGGCGAGAGCUCGGCAAGCAGGUGAGACGCCUCGGUGCAAAUGCAGUGCUUGGGUAUCGCGAGUAUGUCGACCUCGAGGGUGACGCCACAGAUCGAAUUUGCAUCCGAGCCUUCGGCACUGCUGCGCGCAUUCUGCCGACCAGCGCGGCCGGCGGCAUGGUCAGCGGGCUACGGCAGGGAAGCUUCGACCAGCUUGGGCGAUCACCCCGACGCCGUGAUGGAGACAUCGAAGGGGCGUAUCCACCACUGCCCCUUCUACCUGCGACUUCAGGCGGAGCAGCCUCGGAUGCCCUCCUCAGCCAAGCCGUGUCCGUGACAAGGAGCAGCGAUGAAAUCAGCCUCGGUGGCAGCGCCGUGGAUGCCUUGGCUCCGACUGUGGAGGUGCUGCAGCGAGGUGUCUUGCAUUGCCUGGACCGGCUUCCAGUAGCUGAGAGAGUUGCAAUCUGCGGCGUCGUGGCAGCCCGUGCCGUAAAGGUCUUCAGCUCGCGCACAACGCAGGACAGUCGCGAGUCGUGGUGGGCCGACUUGCAGGAAGAGCUGCUGUCGCACGCCCGUGCUCUCGGUGGCGAUUCCAUUGUUGGAUACCGAGAACACGUGUCCAUCACUGACGAGGUGGCCAUGCUUUCGGUGACGGGGACGGCGCUACGGCACCUGCACACUGCCACGACGGUGCCUACCUUGCCGGACUGCAGCCUUGCUCAUGCCUCCGAAAGCCGUGAUGAUGCAGGACGUUUGUCUCGUUGCUGCAUGUGCGGGGAGGGCUUGGUGCCGAACGUCCUCCUGGCGACCUCGGACUUCCCCGAGGGCCUGCCGAUCCUCGGGAGGAGCGAGCUGGUCGAGGCCCGCGUGGUGCGCCUUAAGCGGAAGGUGACCGGUGAAGCGCAUGCCCAGGACCUCUCUGAAGCAUUGCCCUUCCUGGAGUUAGAGCUGCACAAGCAGCUUGUGCACAAGAUGCGGGUCAUGGGGCUGAAUGCAGCAUUUGGCCUCCGUGUGGAGAUCUCCAACGGUCCGUCGUUGCUCAUUGGAGUUGCUACGGCCACAGGAGUCUUGGUGCCGGCUCUGCCACGGCCUCCGGUGGUCAGGGCCAACCCGGGACGCUUCAAUCGAGCCUUCACUCCAAGCGAUGCUCCAAAGAGCCAAGGUCAUCGAACUGUGGGAGGGACGAGUUUCCGCGCGAAUGUAGGUGCCAAGACACCGGCCUCGAGCGCUCCGAGCAUGCGGACUCGACAAGCAGCUGGCACACAGUGGCUCCGAGGAGCUCAGCAGGAUGCCAUGAGCCACGCAUCUGCCAACCCCACCUCUCCACCAAUGGGAACGUCCGCGGCGAGUGGCUUCAGCCGUUCCGUGGGCCAGACGACAAAGGGUGGGGCCACCGACAAAAACUCCUGGCGCAGCCUCGCGCUGUGCCCAGCAAGGCAUCGCCCGCCUUCGCGGCCGUCACGGGCCUGGAGGAAGUGGAUGCCAAGAUUCCUGGGUAGCUUCUUCGGGGCGGCGCCGGUUGCUGGACCAGACCUGGGGCACAGCCGGCCACUGGCUGCCAGCACAGUAUCUCAUCCGAUGCGGCCGACACCGGAAGUGCUGGAGAGACUGAAUGAAGCGGUGGCCUGCCAUUUACAACGGCGCAAAGGUGACAGCUCAGAGCCGGCUGUGGCAGAUUCCUUCGAUUGGCCGUUGGACAAGCUCCAGGCUUUGCAGCUUACUUGCGCGACUCUCUGCCGACAACGGUCAGGUCAAGACGGGGAGGUUUUUGCAGUGCAGACUGCCACUGAAGGCGGUGAGCGAGAAGCUUCCAAGACUCGCCAUCAGCAGGACGACCGACAUCAUUUCCUCUUCGAGGUUCUGCGGCUGAGUUUGAUAUCUUAG